CAGCGCCAUGGGAAAAGCAGGGCAAGGCAAAGGGGCCGCACGAGGGCUGAUGGGAAAGUGGCGGUGUCAGAGCCAGGAAGGGUGGUGCCUUUCCCCAAGCAGGAAGAAACAAGCGGGUUAGGUUGGGGAAUUUCAGCUGCUUCCAUCAUCCGCGGGGACUCUCGGGUAACAAGAUGUUCUUUACCUGUGGCCCUAAUGAGGCCAUGGUUGUCUCAGGUUUCUGCCGCAGCCCCCCUGUCAUGAUAGCUGGUGGCCGGGUAUUUGUGUUGCCAUGUAUUCAACAGAUCCAGAGGAUCUCACUCAACACCCUGACCCUGAAUGUAAAGAGUGAGAAGGUUUACACCCGGCAUGGAGUCCCCAUCUCAGUCACUGGCAUUGCCCAGGUAAGGAUCCAGGGCCAGAAUAAGGAGAUGCUGGCAGCUGCUUGCCAAAUGUUUCUGGGCAAAUCAGAGGCAGAGAUAGCUCACAUCGCCCUGGAGACGCUGGAAGGGCACCAGAGAGCAAUCAUGGCUCAUAUGACUGUGGAGGAGAUCUACAAGGACCGUCAGAAGUUCUCAGAGCAAGUCUUCAAAGUGGCUUCUUCUGAUCUGGUCAACAUGGGAAUCAGUGUGGUCAGCUACACCCUCAAGGAUAUCCACGAUGAUCAGGAUUACUUACACUCUCUUGGGAAAGCCCGGACUGCCCAGGUUCAGAAGGAUGCGAGGAUUGGGGAGGCCGAAGCCAAGAGAGAUGCUGGCAUCAAGGAAGCAAAGGCCAAGCAGGAGAAGCUGUCCGCUCAGUACUUGAAUGAAAUCGAAAUGGCCAAAGCCCAGCGGGACUACGAGCUGAAGAAGGCUGCUUACGACAUUGAGGUGAACACAAGGAAGGCAGAGUCCGACUUGGCAUAUCAGCUCCAGGUAGCCAAGACAAAGCAGAAGAUUGAGGAGCAGAAGAUGCAGGUCCUGGUGGUGGAGCGAACUCAGCAGAUUCAAAUACAGGAGCAGGAGAUGAUCCGAAAGGCGCGUGAACUGGAAGCCAAGGUCAAGAAGCCAGCGGAAGCAGAGCGCUUCCGGCUGGAGAAACUGGCUGAGGCUGAAAGGCAACAGCUCAUCAUGCAGGCAGAGGCAGAAGCAGAGUCGGUCAGGGUGAAAGGUGAGGCUGAGGCCUUUGCUAUUGAGGCCAAGGCUCGGGCUGAUGCUGAGCAGAUGACCAAGAAAGCAGAGGCCUUCAAGCAGUACCAAGAGGUAGCCAUGGUGGACAUGCUUCUGGAGAAGCUUCCGGAGAUGGCUGAAGAAAUCACCAAACCUUUGACGUCCGUGAAUAAGAUCACAAUGGUGUCGAGUGGGGCUGGAGAUGUGGGAGCUGGCAAAAUAACAGGGGAGGUGCUGGAAAUCAUGAAUAAGCUGCCCGAAACUGUGGAGAAACUCACCGGCGUCAGCAUCUCUCAGCAGAUGAACCAGAAGAAGCCUGGACGGAUGAACUAAAAGCUGAAUUUUUUUUUUUAAUUUUUAUGUGUGGGCAAGGAAGGAGAUCCUUCCUGAGCAUGCACACCCAUGAUCCUUAUCUAUAUGUGUCUAUAUAUAGCACUCAUCCCCAUCCAGGGUCCGGCCAAACCGUGAUGGACUGAACGGUUGCAUGUCGGCCAACAUUUCUCAAAGUGGCUGAGGCCUGCCGGUCACCCUGUUGCGCAGCUGUUGUGUCUCAGUGACAGCCCAAUGUGAACCUUAGAAUAGGACACCUGCCGUUGCUUAUACAGCAUGGUGGCGCGGCGCUCCUCCCUGUCCAGUCGGCCAUGAUUUGCGACCACUUUGUGCUGUUGAUCCCCAGCCCUUGCUUUGUCGCUCCCCCGGCCACCAUGGGCUCUCCCCUAGAAGUGGCCUUUCCUCCAGGAAUUAAGAUUGCAUUUGCUUCUGAGCCUGCUGGGAAGGCAGCCGGGAUGUGGCUUGGUGGAUAAAAGUGAUGAGCUCUCAGGCCCGUUCUUUCACCGCUGCAAGGCAUUUUGCCAGAAAGAGUUGUACCGAGCUUGAGCUUGCCUAGAAUAAGUUUAUUAGUUGCCCUAAGCUCUUGAUACCAACCUUGCAAAGGCGCUUUAUUCUCACAAUAUUAGCCAUUACUUCUGAAAUCUAGGAUGGGCAUAUAGACAUAGCCCUUCUUAGCGCCAUAUAACGAAAAUGACCUGCAUUUUUUCAUGCACAUUGCUCUCUGUCUCUUCACUGUCUUGUGCCACAGUUGCUAGGUGUGCUCCACCGGCUGAAGUUCCCCAUCUGGGAAAAAUUUAUUUCCCGUUUGUUGUUGCUUGAUGCAUAUAUAUGUACACACACACACAUAUGCACAUGAUCUUAGCCAAAUAGUCUAUCCGGCUCCCGUCCACAACCUCACUCUGAUCUUGUUUUAGGGAGCCUAUAUGUUUACAGCAGCCAUCCUGCAUGAAACCUCAAAGAAGACUCCUGCCCAAGGUGCAUUCCAGAAAGCUGGAUCCUCCACUGUGAGGACAGAUGUUCUCUUAGGUGUGCACUGCAGAGGCCAACUUCCAUUGGAUGCAUAUUCAUCCCGUCCUAAAAUCACUCUAUCUGGAUGUGCCUUAUUCUUUGUUUCAGCUUCUGAAACAAUCAUACAUGACUAUCAGCUCCAUAGAUCAGUGAGCUGGAAAGCAUAUAUGUCCAUAGACUUCUAAGAAUUAGAAUACACAGUCAAGAAGGUCACACAGCAUUGUUUUUUUCUGGCCCGUAUCAGAGCAGACCCAGGGGAAAAGAAAGAAAAGUUCUGUGUUGCUUUUGUAGAAACUACCUUGUUCUUUUCCUGGGAUGUGCUAAUUUUCUGCAAGCAUGAAGCCUUCCCAUGGGAAAGUGUUCCAACACAGGACUUUUCUGCUGUAGUCUGAAGUGGGAACUCUAUGCCACAUGAUUCCUCUACACGUAGACAGAUCUGGGCAUAAAAGUUGGCCCUCUAAGAAGUGGUUCUCCAAACAGUGACACUCAUUUGUGCUUAGAGUCCCCUCUUUGCCUAAAAAACAAAAAGCCUGCUUACUAGAAGUGAAUGACUUAAAACUCCCUGGAACCGGGGCUGUGGUUCUGUGUUGUGAGCAAUGCCUCUCCUUCCUAAUCUGAGCUGCACAGGGCCAGGUUUUGCUGUGAUGCUCUUGCUUCUCCCCUGUUGCCCCAAACUCCAUGAUUAGUGGUUGUUGCUCACUACUUCGAAUAAGCACGUUUGAUCUGCUGGUGGUCGUGGCCUAUUAUGUCUAGAUUACACACCUGUGUCUUGUGAAGUAACGUGCUGUGUUUAUCCCAGUUCUUGCCCUGCUUGCUGUGUAUUGGGGCCUCGGCAUGGUGCCUUGUCUAAUUCUUAUCAAGGGCAACUUGCUUUGUCCUCCUUAGAUGCUAUCAAGUUCUUUGGCAUAUAAUAAAAUCUAAAAUUCCUGCUG